AUGCACAAAACGGAUGAAGUGUGUAGUGUGAAUGGCGCUUAUAAUCAAACAGUCGUUCCUGUGAAUCGUGUUCAUUCGGGUCAUACUGCAAACUUGCCUAUUGGAACCAGUGUAAACGAACAUUCAGAAGUUGAAUUCAGUGAAAUCCCAGUCGGAUCAUUAUCUCAUUCCGUUGAUGAUAAUAAUAGCCGCAAUACGCCACAAGUAAAUGUGACAAAUUCUACGCUUGUCACCGGAAGCAGACUUUCCCGUUACGAAAACAACAACGGAACACAAAACCCACCAAACAUCAGUACUAUCGGUACAGCCGUCAACAAUAAUAAUUCCAGUACUACCAUUGGCCCUCGUUCGGAACUUGAGACGAACAAUUGUGCAAUACCCUGUGUAGAAAGCGAGAACAAGCGAGCAACUACCAAACCAAGAGUCAGUUUUGAUGAGGAUUCCAAUACCACAGAAUACACUGAGGAUCUGCCUCGGAACUACGAAGACGUUGUGACAUUGCACGUCCCAACAAAAGAAAAUUUGUGGCAUUCUUGUCGUGGAUCGGGACGAAACCGACGAAAACGACGACGUCGUAUCAGGUGGUUUUGCAAAUCUCGUCAAUCAGCUGCAUCGACUUGGUCAUCUUGGUGGCGCGGACGGUCCGAUAAGACAAGAAAAAUACCCGGUGAGGAAGAAAUGGACACAAAGUCGAACGGAAAUCACCUGAAUUCUAUCUAUGAAAACGAAGGCGAGGAGAGCAAACUGACAAACAACGAGAACUCCACAUCUCCCCUCUGCAACAAACCGCCAUCACCACCAGAGAGACUUACUUCGGGCCCAGAAUAUGAGUUCAACCGCACCAAUACCGGACACAACUGGGAAGCGGAUGCGAACGACAAACCGGGUGGUGACUCGGAGAAUAACAGUAUGGUCUGGACCACCAACUUUCUGGCUGCCCUUAGUAUUCUAUUGAUAAUUGUGACAUUUCCAUUCUCCCUCAUUUAUUGUAUUCGUAUUGUGGCUGAGUACGAACGCGCCGUGGUAUUACGUAUGGGUAAUCUUAUCCCUAAAGGAAAGGGCACCAAAGGUCCUGGGCUUUUUUUCAUAUUGCCCUGUAUAGAUAGUGUGCGCAAGGUGGAUUUGCGCACAGUCACCUUUGCCAUUCCACCACAAGAGUUGUUAACUCGUGAUUCUGUCACGGUGUCAGUUGAUGCAGUGGUCUACUAUCGUGUAUUGAAUCCGGUCGCCUCGGUGCUAAAUAUCGAAGAUGCCGCUCGAUCGACUAGGCUAUUGGCACAGACAACUAUUCGAAAUGUUUUAGGCACGAAGGACCUUGCCCAGAUUCUCAUGGAUCGUGAUGAGAUUUCCACUUCAAUGCAAUCCAGCCUGGAUGCCACAACAGACGCAUGGGGCGUUAAAGUUGAACGUGUGGAGAUCAAAGAUGUGCGGCUUCCCAUCCAGUUGCAACGGGCGAUGGCUGCUGAAGCAGAGGCUGCAAGAGAGGCACGAGCAAAAGUAAUCGCGGCAACCGGAGAACAAGAAGCAGCAAGAUCAUUGAAAAAAGCUGCACGUGUUAUCGCCACUUCACCCAUGGCAUUUCAGUUGCGUUACCUACAAACUCUUUGCGCCAUAUCUGCUGAAAAGAACUCGACCAUCUUCUUCCCAGUGCCAAUAGAUAUUAUGCAACAUCUGGGCAAUUUCGGUAGUUGCGGUGGCUACACCCCAGCCGCCUCUUUGCGAACAGUAAACGGUUGGGUGCAGAACCAAAUACCACCUGGAAAAUCAAUAACUCUUUCGACCAAAGAAACCGUGAAAGGAAUCGAUAAAGAACCAACAGAGACACAGCAUAUUGUUUCAAAACCCGGUGAUAAAGAAUCCGGGCGCGUUGCAGAAGUGACGGACUCUAGCAAAGAGGAGGUAUUUUGGGCGCACGAUGAUACGGAUGAGCAUAGUGACACUGUUUGA